ACAUAUGAUUGGCAGACGAUCUCUAUAUGCCUCAAUGGCCGCCAACUAUUUUGUGUAUUAGAUUAGGAUAUUAAUUUUCUGUUUUGUAUUUGUUUUAAUGUGCAUAAACUUUUCAGUCGUAAGUGUUAUGUGAUAAAUCAGUGUUUAACAGAACGUGUGGUACACGUAUGUACAUACUUUUAAGAUGUCAACAAGGUCGCAGUUAACGAAGGAUUUGAAUGAAAGUGUCAAAGCACUAUUGGGAAAACGUGUUAAAAUACUCCUUAAAAAUGUUGUCCGGCUGGAGACAAAAGGAGAUAAAACCGAAAACCGAGUUCUGGUCUUUUCUCCUUGUCGACUGUUUCUUCUCACAGCGAAAGUACCUACCAGGAUUGAUUACCACUUCCACUACCUGGAAAUUCAAGCGAUUGAAAGCAAAAAGCAGAAUCAGUUAUGCUUGACUGUUGGAGACAAAGUAUUCUCUUUUCUAACAUCAGAAGAUUCUGGAAGUGGGGAAGUGGAUGCAAUGAUUCAAGCUCUUUCUACUGCUAUCCGAAAUAUAUUUCCAACUGUCGCCUUAACGCACAUUAUUCGGAAAGUGGAAGUGGUUCCAACGAAGCGAAUACAGCACCUGAGAGAGGGCGAGUUCAUUCGUGGGUCGGAAGUGAGGGGUUUGGGGCCCUGUGGGGGGUUCUCGACCCAGUAUGCCUGUAUGUGCGACUUCCAUACACUUCCCUACCGCGAUGAAGUCGCUUGGGAUGUUGACACAAUAUAUCUCUCUCACGAUACUAGAGAGCUGUGUUUGCGUGAUUUUGAUCAUCUGGAUCCGAAGGAUCUCGUUCCAAUCAUCAGUGCGUUGGAAUACAACACUUGGUUCACCAAGUUAAAAGCAAGCCAGAUCAAAUUAACCCACGAAGCUUUAGAUAGGAUAUUACAUAUUAUGAAGAAGUCGCUUAGCAUAGAGGAACUUUAUUUAGAUAAUAUAGGUGUUAAAUGGGAUUUUGCCCACAAAUUGUCGUUAUCAUUAAUAGCCAAUACACACACACCUCUGCACACGCUUGAUCUCUCGUUCAAUAUGAUUGAAGACAAAGGUGCCUCUAGCUUGUGUGGAAUAAUUGCGAAAAUUAUGCAAGGUGGGACUCACUUGAGCAGUCCGCUGGCGAAGGCUCAGAAAGGCCUGGUGCACUUGAAUUUGUCGCACUGUGGCCUCACAUCGAAGGGAGUCAACCAGUUAGCGCAUGCGCUGUCACUCAACAAGCCAAUGCCCAACACGCUCACCUACCUCAAUCUCAGCGGAAACAAUCUGAAAGAGGACGUCAAUAGCUUAUGUAAUUUCCUAGCUCAGCCAAACAUGUUGACGCAUUUGGAUAUUUCAGGGACUGAAUGUACUUUAGAAUCUAUAUUUGGAGCUCUGCUUCGAGGAUGUGCCACAAACCUAGUUCACUUAAAUGUAUCGAGAAAUGCCUUCAGUCUGAAAAAAGGAAAAGAAAUCCCACCGUCCUUCAAGCAGUUCUUCACUAGCACGCUCAGCUUGAAAUAUCUCAACAUGGCCUACUGCAAAUUACCACUUGAAGCUCUCAAGAAUUUACUGUUGGGAUUGGCUUGCAACGAGUCGACAACGGACAUCUCGCUAGACAUGUCCUGCAAUAAUCUGGGAUCCCAAGGGGCGCAUGUCUUGGAGUCCUGCAUUCACGGAGUGCGUAGCAUAGGAACUCUCGAUAUAACUGAGAACAACAUGGAUGUAGAUUUGGCAGCAGUAGUGACUGCUGUUAGUAAAAAUAAGUCGAUAAAGCACCUGCAUAUGGGUCGGAAUCUGGCCGGAAUGAAAGCAAAGCAUAUAUCUUCGGUCAUGGAUUCAGUAGUGCAGAUGAUUCAGGAAGAAGACUGUGUACUUCAGACUCUAGCCAUUCCAGACUCCAGACUCAAAUCCGAUCUUCAUAAUCUCAUUAAUGCCUUGGGUGGAAACCAGUGCCUUCAGAGCAUAGAUAUCAGUGGUAAUUUCAUGGGUGACAAUGGCGCACGGCUGCUUGCCAAAGCACUUCAAAUCAAUUCAAGGAUACGAAGCAUUCUCUAUGAUCGCAAUAAUAUCACACUUCAAGGCUACAAUGAUUUGGCCUACGCUCUAGAAAGUAACUAUACUGUCCGUUACAUGCCGUUUCCCAUCUACGAUGCUCUGCCUUGUAUGAAGGUUUCAGCUGAAAAGACAAAUGAAGUUAUGAAAAAAAUCCAGGAAAUUCUUCACAGAAAUGUGUCUCCUAAGAAGUACAGCAGUAAUGGGCAAGCUUUCAGGUUACAACAGGGCUUCCUGUUGAGCUCUACUCAGCAGAUGGUUGAUCGGCUCGUUUUGCAAACUCAGGACACAAUCAAAACUUUGGCACAAGAAUCGACGGAUAAGAACAACGACAUCAAUCAUGCGACAAACUUGAUUCAAGAUGCUGACAAUGCUAAACAGCUGCUGCCCAGACUUCAUGAGGUUGUACAAAGAAGGGAGGAAGUUGGGAAUCCGAUCGAAGUGAAAUUGAAACAUAUAUCCGAAGACCUUAAUGCUGUGAUAGUAGAUUACUUACAGGAUACUCUAGAAAGUAUGGUGAAAUGUGUGGAGGAGCAAUGUCCGACAGUGUUUGGGAGUGAGCGUGUGCAGGAUGACGUCCGUAAGAUGUGUCAACAAAAAAGUCGUUUGGAGCCUGAAUUUGUGCGAACAUGUAUUUUAGAGCAAGCUGGAACAAACAUCAUGAACAAAGUCAAUGAACUGAGUUUGGCGGUAGCAUCUCAUGUAUCGGAUCGGUUAACAGAUGAAGUUAUUGAAUCCCUGUCGAAAAGUCAUAAAUCGUUGCUUGGCGAUGUAAGCAAAAAGAGAUCUUCCACCCCUGAUGUACUGCGCACAAUGUCGCGAAUGAGCUCCGACUCAUCGAGAUGCGACCCCAGUGAAAGUUUCCCCACUUCGGAUGCUAGUCAACAAUCGGAUCCUUCUCCCAUGAAACUGGAAUAUUUGAACCUGGCCACUCCCCAUCUGUCUACCAAGAGGAAAAGUUUGCACGGUCGCAAAUUGAGGCCGAAGUCAGUGGUGGAUAGUGUUGACGGAAUGUCAGCUGAUGACAUUCCUGACCUUCUUCCAUCUCUGCCAACGUCUGCUGAAGAAUCUCUGGACUCAGUGUGCGAGCUGCCCCCUGGCGGUGUGACGCAACAACUUCAGCACCUGGUAAAAGGGCGGCCUCGUCGCGCCAAGACCCGCGCCCCUUCGCGCCCCACUCUACGCCCCCCUGCGCCCACCCCACUGAUCCAAGAGGGCCUCGACACCUUCUUCAGGCCCGGCUCUGUCACGCCUCUAGUCUCGCCCACCUCUGAUGAUAGCACCAGCUCCUUCUUGACAGACUUGAGCCCGAACAACAGUGGAGAUUGGAAGACUGACGACGAAAAGAAAAACGGACAAUCACUCAGCGAGAAAAUUGGAAGAAGUUCGCCAAUGCUGAAAGAUCAGCUGGACAGUGGCGCCCCCCGUUCAAGGUCGAAUGACAACCUGGAGAGGUACUCACCGCUGGCUAGGCGCACCUCCACCUCCGACUCAACACACUCAUCAUCUCCACUUGCUCGCCGCCUUGACAGUUUACGGGAUGAAGAAAGUGCUGAAGAAAUGGAGGUGGGAAGAAAAAGUAAUACACUUCCAGAUAUGAAAUCGAAACGUGUCGCCAGUCCAUCCAGUAGACCAGAUUCGGACAGCGAGAAGCCAGGCUCUCCGACGAUAUCAAUUCCAUCGGUGAAACUGCGCUCAACCGGCUUGGCAGACUCGCUCCGCUCGCCAACCAACGGCUUUCCACGCGCUUCCGAUGCGCCCAAAUCUCCAGUAUUAAAGGCGAUCAAUUCCAAAGACAAAACUAGUGAGUCAGACAAAAAUGUGGGUUGCAAAGUUAAGCCUCCCCCGCCACUGGCUCCAAAACCACGGCCUUGGUCUGUGGUCGGAUCUGAUAGAAAAUCAGGCGACUUUUGCAAUCUGUUGAGCGACGGUACAAGUCCAAACACGUCAGCGGCCAACACUCCUGACUCGGGUGACGCACUGGAUGAUGGAGCCGACGCCCUCUCUGUUGGAUCAGGUGGCAGUGACAAACGAUCAGUUAAAGAAAUGGCUGCGAGUUUGAGCAGACAUGGAAGUGACGAUUCCAAAAAGAAAGAAUCUAGCUUAGAAAGGAAUGUUCAUUUUAGGAGAUCGCAACAUAAGACUAAUUGCAACGAUAAGCCAAAGGUGACAGUGGUUAGUGAGGAUUACAAAAUCGAACUGACGAAUAAGUUGCGCUCACUGCCAGUGACCUUCCCACCAACCUGUCCGGUAGACGACUCAGUCGAUGUCUAGAAUCGACUAGACGACUCAGUCGAUGUCUAGGAUCGACUAGACGACUCAGUCGAUGACUAGGAUCGACUAGACGACUCAGUCGAUAUCUAGGAUCGACUAGACGACUCAGUCGAUGUCUAGAAUCGACCCAAUUCUAAAUUAUUGUUAUCAUCUAGGGCAUAAAAACUCGUUCAGUACUAUAAUCCUAGAAACCAUCUUAGUAUUUAUCAAUUCAAAAACAUCCAGUUAUUGUCGAACUAUAAUAGUCUGUCUAGAUUUAUUCAAAAUUGACUAUUGAGUUUCACCUAAAUGCUUCUUCUCUCUUUAAACGUUUUCCAACGUAUAUCCCAUCAUCAUAUUAUAAUAUUUAGUGAGAAAUCAAAUUUAAAACUACUGUGUAGUAUUUUUAAAUGUUAUUUUGGAGGGCCCUUUCAGUGUAUAAGUAAAGUAAGAAUCGAAUCAACCAGUGUUCCGUCUUCAUAUAUAGUUCAUUAUUUUAUAUUCAUCAAAACCUUAGUAAGAAAACAAAUCCGAAAUUACUGUGUAAUAUUUUUAAUCUUAUUUUUGAGGCCAGUUAUUACAUUAAGUAUUUAUCAGUAUACCAAGAAUUUAAUCUAUCAGUGUUCCAUCUUGAUUUGUUUUAUUCAUCAAAACUGUAUUAAAUUACGAAACUGAUUGAAAAAUGUAUGAUAUUGGUAGUUUUGAAGUGGUAAUUUCAAAAGUAAUUAUUCUGGGAAGAACAUGAUGGUUUUAAGCGUUGAUAACACUUUUUACAGUAUCUUGAUAUUGUCUAACUCAUAUUUUUUAUUAAUUUAAGUAGCUGCCAAUUACUUCAACUUCGAAUUGAAAAUAAUUUAAAUUAUGCAAAAGCUUCCCUUUCUAAACUCCAUAAUAGUCCAUAAUAAAUUAGGGUUGUACAAAACAAAACCUAGAAAUUUGAGCUUUUAAUGAAGAGAGUUAUUCAAUUAUCAAUUUUAAUUUAUUUAAACACGCAGAAUACAUACAAAACAAUUGCAAUAGAACAGUUACAGCAAUAAAAGCACAAUAGAAACUGAGAUUUGGUAAUGGUUUAGUGUAUUGAUUUAACAACACAUCAAAAAGGUUGACAAAAAUAUUUUACUUCUAUUUCUCGCGCUUGUGAGGUACAUUUCAACUUCUACUUCAGCUCAUUUAUAGGCUUGCAUUAGUGAUAAUACUGUCACCAUCUAAAUUUUCCAAACUUAUUCAUCUCAAGUGCAGUGCCUUUUGUUAUUGGCAGAUAUACAAUAAAAAUGGUUUCAAGACAAAUUGAACCCCCUUCAUAAUCAUUCUCCAAGUUUGUUUGUAUGUUAUUACUCAAAAUUUUCACAAUCUAAUAUACUCCUUGGAAUGAUCUUGUAAUUGACUGAUUCUCAUCAAUUAUGAAGUAAAAUUGAUGAAUUGAAAUUACCAAUUACUGUUUUAGAAUGCAUAAUUUCGGUGAUAUACUUUAAUUUGCCAAUAUUACUUGCUCAAUAUUAAGUCUUCAUUCCAGAAUUAGGCAAGAAAAACACAAAUCUAAAAUAGCUUUAUAGAUUCAAGUGAUAUAUUGUUCGAAUCUGUGAGACUAAUCUAAAGAAAAAUUGAAAUGAAGUUCGUUUAUUAGGAAUCAAUAAUUACUAAUGCUGUUUAAUUAUAAUUAGGCAUUUAUUUAUAUAUCAAUUAUAGUUUGUGCCAAAUACGUAGAAUCAUUUUUAGCUUUUUUGAUAUUAAUAUUGUAUAGGUCUUCAAUUAACAAAAAAAGUAUUGGAAUGCAUAGCAUCAGUAUAGAUAAUAAGUUCAUGAUCUAAUUUAGCAAAUAAUUUUCCAUUCAAAUCAUAUCUGGCUUUUUCCUCUGUAUUCUCAGUGUUCUUCAUCAGUCUGUUCUAUUCUUAAUAUCUUCAUUUUUCUAUUAUUCCCAAUAUAAAUUUUGUCCUCCCUCUUCCGCAUCAGGAUUUAAAUCUUAUUGAUGUUUAAAUCAAAAAUGGUCAAAUUAUAAUCCUAUCAAUUCUAUUUCCAAUUUAUUAUUAUAAAAAAUAAAGUUCUUGACAGUAUUAAUUUGUUUUUCCGAUCUGUCUAAAGCUGUAAAAAUUAUUGAAAUGAAAUCUAUGUAGGGUAGAAAGUAUUGCUCGAUAUUUUUCCUUGAAAUUUUCAACAAACAUAAAUUAUUACAGUUGAAAAACUAUUGGUAGACCUACCUUUCAAGUUGUAUUUUGAGUUAUCCAACUCUAAUAAUAAUAUAAUGUAUAUUUUUAUGGUUGUAGGUAAAAUAUGAACAUAUUUAUCCAAAAAAUGUAUCAUUCAAAACAUUUGAAUUGAGCUGAAUAUAGUCCAGCUUCAUUGAUUGGAUAAAAUUCUCCAUUUUUCUUAAACAAAUUCCUUAGAAAUACGCUUAAUAAAAGCACAAUAUUUAAAACAAUAAAAUAAUGCGGUACCUUUCUUCAUCAAUUUAUUGAUUUGCAUGAUUCUACAUAACGGUACCGAUCUUUGUUGGAAUUACAUUAUACUCCGCAUUACAUAGGUAGUUUUUAGGUCUUUGUAAAUACAGUAUUCGAUAUAGAGCAAUUAAACAUUUAAAACAUUAAUAAAGACUUGAGUUAUGAUGGAGAAGUUUUAAGAACUUGAUCAUGCGGUUCAUAGUUGGCUACAUGCUUUCCUUUAACUGCGCACAACCCCAAGUUUUUUAGGUAACAUUACCUCAAGAGAAGCUUGAGACAUCAACUUGUAUAUUUAGAUAGGAAAAAGCAUCGAGAGAUCCAUUGUAAAACUAUAAAAGUUCGUUUAUAAAAGUGAAUCAUUAAGAAGCACAUGUAAUAUUUGUAUUAUAUAUCUGAAAAAACUCAUCUAGAUUUAGAAUAUAAGUAAUCCAUAGUUGAUAAAUACUGUACUGCAUUUUGUAUUAUAUUCAUAAUAUAAUCUUAAAACUUAUAAUUUUCAGUAUUCAAAAACACUAAAGUAAUUCUAAAACAUUUGACAUUAGGAACAACUGAUUAAUUAAUUCCACAAUAAUUGCCAUAGAAUAAUAAUAAUAAUAUGUUAACUACAUGCCCUAGUUAUUGUUCGUGAAAAACGUUGAGUUAAUAUGAAUGAGAAAGCAAUUUGAAUUAUUGAUUAUCUCAUCAAUUUUUGUUUAUCUCUUUCACAAGUAUGCAAACUUGUACACUUAUAGUCUGAAACUAAUUGUUUUGUAAAUAUCAAUCUGUAAAUCAAAUUAUGUUUUUCUGAAGCUAGUUUAUUGUCAUAGAGCUUUCUUCAUCCAUUUUCAACUAUUACCGACGAUGGUAUUAAUAAUGUACCACAUUCCUAGGAUAAGUUUUAUUAAAUUUAAUAUACCAUUAAUUUUUUUUUAAUUUUAUAUCGUAUCAUGCUAUAACCUAUUAAAUUAUUCAUCUAUUCAAUCUUGAAUUUUAAAGUUUGUAAUUGAUGAAUUAGUAUGAGAGAUAGAGGAUGAGUUUUUUAUAUUUCUGUUACUGUUGGAAAGAAAAUAUUACUAUUUUCAAAAACAUGAACAAUACCUUCAAGACAAACGAGUAUAAUUUUCCUAGUUGAGGUUUUUUGAGUUGAGGAUCAAACCUGUUUUAAAUGUAACUUCAAACUCUGCAACCCCUCUUUUAGGAGAAAGCAUCGAUAGAUCACAUCUUUGAAAAACUAUGAAAAUUUGAUUUUGAAUCAUUAUGAAGCACAUGUUUUAUGCUGAUUAAUUAUUCAUACUUUAAAUCUAAUCCUAAAUAAUUCUAAUCCUAACUUUAAUUCUAAUCCAUCUAUAUACCGCGUGUCUAUUAUGUUUCAAAAUAAUUCAAAUUUUAAUAAAUUCUUACAGUAUUGUUACGAUACUCUACAUUAAGUAUUAUUCUAACUCCUGUUGAUCAGUAUUUAUGCAUCAAUUUUUAUCUUAAUAUGAAUUGUUGAGUUUUUCGAGAAACUACAUACAGUAUAAUUUAUGUAAUUUAAAUUACGGUUCUGAAUUUCAUAAGUCCUCUUGCAAUCUCUUGUGACCUCAUUUUUUGUGAUUUAGCCAACAAGAGAUCGCUACAUCGCUUUGGAUAUAAUAGUCAUCAAAAUCGAUACAACAUAUAAAAUUGGUGGUCUUUAGAAUUUAUUGCAAAAAAUCGGAAAGAGCUUUCGAUCAUGUAGUAAUAAAUGGGCUUUAUCCGAACCAUUCAGUGUAACAUUUCAAGUAUUAAAUUAAUCAUGUUUAAAUUUUUUAAUUUACGAACUUUAACCAUGACUUUCCUCGAUAAAAUUCAUUGUAACUCUUGUACUUUUCUUCCUAAUACCUAAUAUUAUUGUUUCAACUUGAAUAUUUCAUGUUCCACUUCUAUUAAAUGAUUCAUUACUAAUUUUAUAACUAUUCAAUGUUUGCCAAGUAAAUUACACAUUCCAGCUGCUAAUGCUCUUCCUAAAUCCUUAUAUUAUUAUUUUUGUUUGUAGAAAUUUAUUGUUGUUAAUUUGUUUUAAUUUUAUAAGUAUAAUCUGUUCUUAAAUUUCUUGUUAUAAAUUCUUUAUGUUAUUUCAAUCAUAUUGUGAAAAUUUAUAAAGGUAACAAUAAAAAAUAGGCAUUCAAUUUAGCCUGAUUGUA